GGUAUAAAGGCCAAAAGAGGAAGAAACGCACAAAAAAAAAAAAAUCAUCUCUCUCUCUCUCUCUCUCUGAGUCUCCGUCUCUCUCUAGACACAGUCGCAGAGAAAUGAGCCAGUGCGUUCCGGACUGGGAUUUCGAUGACUCCGGCAACAACCAUCCCACUCCUGCCAGACGCUCUCUCCGCUCUCACUCCUUCAUUCCCAACGCCCCCAUGUAAUCAAAGGUCCAACUACGAGGUUGCCGAGCUGACCUGGGAAAACGGCCAACUCGCCAUGCACGGCCUCGGCCCCCCGCGCCCGCCCCCCAAGCCCCUACCCCCCUCCAAGUACACGUGGGUGGACAAGCCACGCAUCGCCAACGCCUCCGCCGGCGCCGGCACGGGCACCGGAACCCUCGAGUGCAUCGUCAACCAGGCCGCAGCCCUCCCCCGCCGAAAGCUGCCCUCCGACGCCGCCGCGGCGGGCGAUCUCGUCCCGUGGUUCGACCCCUCGCGCGGCGCCGCGGCGGCCUCUGCCACCAUGACCUUGGACGCUCUCGUCCCCUGCUCCGGCGCCGCCGACGACCGCCCCACCGCCCGCUUCGUCGACUCCGCGCCAGGCGGCUGCGUCGGCGGCGGCGUCGGGACGUGCGUCGAGGGUUGCUCCACGCGGGUGGGGUCGUGCAGCGGGGCCGCGCAGGAGGAGGACGCGCUGGCGGCGAGGAAGCGCGCGAGGGUGGCGCACGCGGCGGCGGAGUGGAGCGGGAUGGACCAGAGCGCGAGUGGGAGCGCGACGUUCGGGAGGGACAGCCAGAGCCAGCAGAUGACGCUGGACACGGGGGAGAUGGAUAUCGGGGUCGGGAUGACGUCGACGUCCCUGGGGUCGCCGGAGAACACCAGCUCCGGAAAGGGCUGCACGAGGGCGACGGCGGCGGCCGAGGACCACGACUCCGUUUGUUACAGCAGGCCUCCGAGGGAGGGAGGUGACGACGAAAACGACCAGAAGAGGAAAGGGAAGAAGUCUUCGGUCUACACCAAAAGGAGCCGAGCCGCCGCUAUUCACAAUCAAUCUGAACGAAAAAGGAGAGAUAAGAUAAACCAGAGGAUGAAGACGCUGCAGAAGCUGGUCCCCAAUUCUAGCAAGACGGACAAGGCCUCGGUGCUGGACGAGGUGAUCGAGUACCUGAAACAACUCCAGGCGCAAGUUCAGAUGGUGAACAGGAUGAACAUGCAGCCGAUGAUGAUGCCGAUGGCCAUGCAGCAGCAGCUUCAGAUGUCGAUGAUGGGCCCGAUGGGGUUGGGAAUGAUGGGGAUGGGGAUGCCAGGGAUGGGUAUCAUGGACAUGAACGCCCUUGCCCGCCCAAACCUUGCUAGCAUCCCUCCCGUCCUCCACCCUGCUGCCGCCGCCGCCUUCAUGCCCAUCAGCUCUUGGGACGGGGACCGGGUAUCCGCCACAGCUCCUAAGGUCGUGCCCGAUGCGCUGUCAGCGUUCCUGGCUUCCCAGUCACAGCCAAUGACGUUGGAUGCCUACAGCAGGAUAGCGGCCAUGUACCAGCAGAUGCAUCAACCUCCAGCUUCCAGUUCCAAGAGCUGAACUAAUUUCUCAAUAGAUAGGGAUUCGGUAUUCGGUCUUUCUUUUUGUACUUUCGUGUCCCAGCUAGAUGAAAGGUUCUUUAUAUGUAUAUAUAGACGUAGAUAUGUAUUUGAGGAAUUUAUAUAUGGAGUGAUGUCCUUUCCCCUUUGUUCUUACUGUUGAUUAAUUUGGUUACGUGUGAGACGGACUAGCAUUCCACGAUGCUCUUUCGA